AUGAUGACUGGCUGGUUCCAAAACAACAUCACGUUCCUCUGUAUUACUCGUCCCCUGAAAGUGGCCAAGUUGCUCUCUCCCGCUGCAAGUCUCCUCUUCAACUCCUUACCAAUUCGCGGCGUUUCAGACGUUCCGCUGGAGAAUAGUCCGGUUGAAAAAAACUUCCUUGUGAAAGUUUCGGAGGCUGCUUUUCCUGGACAGAAGUAAGCUAGCUUCCUCUUUACUGUUCAAAACAAUUUUCAGAGGUCGUGGCCGCACAGUUUCUGAUUGUUCGCUCGCCUUCUUUCCGAUCCUGAAGGCUGCGCGAAUGGUUAUCUUUUCAUUCGAAUUAAGCAUUUCGUUCAGUAGGUGUUGAAGCAUAUUAAGGUCAGCGGAGAUCCUCUCCUUCGGGGUAGGAGCAUCCGACUCCGAUAGACCCUGGACGACUACGCAGUGCUGACGAUCAAUGGGGUUUAUUUUUUCUGUUUCCGGUGGCCUUGUCAGCUGAAGGUCUCAGAAGAUCCACCGGAGUCGUCUGGGGUUUUAUACUCCAGUUGUGGCGCUUACCCUUUCCAUCUUGCCAUGAGCUUGUUUCCUCACUUCCAACUGAGGGUCCUAUUGAACACGCGGAAUGGCUGAGAGAAGUUGAUGGCUCGCUUGGGUUGUCUCCCAUAGAAACAAGAGACUCCGUUGUUAUUUUCCCAUCGUCCUGGGUAUCGGCGCUCUUGCACAGAGGUUUUCCACAUGCUUUGUUCUUUGGCUGUUUUAGAGUUUUGCUCUUUCCCUUUUUCUUGCUAACUUUAGCGAUAUUCACCGCGUUUUGCACACUAUCGUUCGCUUGCACGAGUUCCCUUAAAGCAGUCAACUCUUUUUCGAGUUUUUGGACUUUCAGCAGAAUGAAUGAGCAUCCAGUGCAUGGCUCGUCCUCGUAACUAACAGAUUUUGCUGUGAUAACGCUUUUAGCACGCUUUGCGGGCCCCUGGUUGCAACUAUAGUGAUGUACAAAAAGAUACUACUACAUAAUGCUAAGCCAAACUUCAAUAAUGGACUAGGUAACAAGUGUACAAAGCGAAACAGAAAGAUAGAUACGAUAUAUAGGAAAUUAUUUAAUGAAAAUUAGGACUUAACGAAUGCGCGGAGAGGUUGCGUUCGUCCGAAGUUCGCGGCGCGGAAUUCUUAAAAAGGGGCUAUAGCGGCCCCUUUUUAAGAAUAGACCACCUAGAGUGGCUUCUAAUGUAUGAAAUCUGUGCUAUGACAACAAAUUGACAGAGUAAAAAAGUGGAAAACAAAGAAUACAAGAAAAGUGAGAGGAAUUGUACAAAUGAUCCAUUAGAAGUAGGAGGUGGCCACGCCAUGUCAGUUAGACCCCCAAGGGAAUUGCAGCGCUGUUGGCAACUGUAGGUAAGGGCCGGGGAGUGUGCUGACGAUAAGGGAAAGGAAGGAAAAACGGACCUGAGAACGGGGAAAGCGACACCAGCGGUAGGAGGAAAAGGAACAUAAACCAUCUUAACUGGUAGGCAAUCACAUCAGACUCAUCCAGGUCUGCGCCAACAUGACCUCAGCUCGUUCAAACAACCCUGUCGAACUUGUGGUGCGCUACAGGGUGUAACGCCUUACGAUCUGUGCAGGGUUGCUUGAAUGAGCAGACACCCUUGGCGCGUGGACCUGAGAUGGUAAUUGCGCAACUGUGUGUAGGUGAGGAUGGUUGGUGUCCUUUCCUCUCGCUUCCGUCGAUCCCCUUUCCGCAACUUGGCGCAACGCUCUCAUCAAUUUCUCUCUCUACGUCGGCAUCUCUUUCGAUCCCCCCCUGCAGAUGACAACUGCACUGCGUUCUUACGGUUGUCCAGCUGACACAUCAAUGUCGCCCUCCCAUUCAGACAGGUUACUCCCUUGUCGUAACUCAUCCCGUUUGUACAACUAAAAACUACUAUAUGUAUUCCCAGUUUCGAUCUCUUCCCAUUAUACUUUAUUGCCUACCUAACGUCUCUUCUCCCCUUGCGUAUGGAUGAGUAUUACGACAUGUUAACGUCCCUGUUCAGGUCGGUCUUAGCCAGGAUCACUUCCCAGUGCUUCGCUACCUCGCUGCAAGAUAUUCUUGACGUCCUCGGCCGCCACAAGUGGUCGAGGGGAAAACGCUGCUUAAAACGACCGUCCGGUACAAGUUGACUAUAGUUUCAGCAAAAUUGAAAAAGCGUUCAGACAGAGAUUUUCUGUCUGUCAGCCAGGUUAGUGCGGGACUUUUCCCAGUAGCUUCCCUCUUUGCAACAGCAUUGCGGGCCAUACCACUAAAGCUAAGAUAGAUAAAGCCAAAAAUGGCUGUGAUCAGGUUAAACAGUACAUAAAGGCUUUAAAUAAUGCCGCUAGGGAUCAAUGUGUGCAGGCUCAUUGUGGUCUGCAACUUCAUCAUCUUGAAAACAAACCAAUAUUUGUAUGAUUUUUCACUAACAUCAUUCAGAGAAACCUUUCCAUCCUGAUUUCAAUCUUCCAUUGCUUUCUACCAAAGCCGUAUCCUUAUUAGGUGUGGUGGUUUUUCUUGGCGGGCAUGUCUACAGUUGAUCUUAUAAGUUUUCCUGCACCAAUAGGGUGCGCACUUUCGGUUCUGAUUCCGUUUCUUAGAUCAGAAUUCUGCUCCAGAUAACCCUUGUCUCGGUUUGCCGGCUUUUCUUCAGAGAUUUCCUUCUGCUCCCUCAAUAGCAAAAUUCAAUGGAGGUUGAUGAGACUAUUUUACCAACGACCGAUGAAAUCAGCCAAGGCACUGUGUCCGUACUUUUGCAUCCAAUUGUUGUCCUGAGCAUAUCUGAGCACUGGAUGCGAGAAAAGCUAGCGAGGGAUUCAUCGUCACCACAGGUUUUCGGUGCCCUUUUGGGCAAGCAAAAUGGCCGCACUGUCGAAGUAAGUCACCUUUUAAACUACUAUGACAGGUUAUAUCGUCCUUUGAGCUGGUUGUCAGCGACGAAAGAACGGUUGAUAUUGAAUUUUUCAACAACCGUGAAUCACAGUCGAAGCAAAUAUUUUCGGACCUCGACCUGGUCGGUUGGUAUACCACUGGUAGAUCAAUAAAUGAGGAAGAUAAACUCUUCCACUACCAAGUAAGUCAACUACUUCUUGAUAACCAAUCGGUUUCCAGAUGCAAGAAAUCACUGAGGCACUUCUCAUUGUGAAGUUAGAUCCGCUUGAUAAACUUGGCGAACAAUUACCGGUGCGCGUAUAUGAGUCAGUUGUCGACAACGAUGCUCGAUUCCUUUUUAAGCGAGUAAGUGUUUGGUCCGCCAUCGCCUUGCUCCCACUUUUCCUAUCAUUACCCUCUUAGUUGUUUCUCGCCAAUCUCGUCUUCCUCUUUGUAUACGUAAAUCGGACAGCUUGCAUAUGGCAGCUGACACUUCUGAAGGAUAUCGAGAAAAGCGCACGAACGACCGUUUGUUUUCGUGGAUGGGACGGUUCUGGGAAAGUGCUUCAAAUAUGUGUCUGGACUGACUAUUGAGUUCUGUGCGUAUUGAUGACCCAGGUGGAGCAGUUUAUGCUCAAGUCAGUCGCACGUUAACGUCUACUUUCGACUUGUUACUGCCCUAAAGGUCACCCUCUCCGGUCUAGUAUUGCCAGGCCAUGGAUAACAUGUGCCUAUAUGGCCAAAGAAAGGUAGAUUUACAGCAUCUUCCUACUUAGUAUUGUUGAUGCACUGUUGCUAAUACAAGUAGACAGAAGCACGUUUAGGCGUGCUUCUAUGUGCGUAAAUGACUUUUCUAACUUUUCUCAUAUGAGGAAGAUGAUUGGUAAAAUGCUUGCUGCAGUCAUACUGAAAACUACAUCGUUGGUAUCACUUACCGAAACACCAGUCGUGCCGAUUGCCGAAGAAAAUGCCGCAUGCACUUUUGACAACGCAAAGGGUUCAACUAUUAACAAAUAUUUCCAGAUCUAUAUUUGACAGUCCUCGUAUACCCUUUCACUUGCGAGCUGAAAAUAUUUCUAAUCCUCAUACGUGCGUCUUUAUUGACUAUCACUGAUGCUGGUUUUGUCAGGUCCCGAGUCUGCAAUCUUGCUGACCAGUGCUUUUUGCAUUCCACGAUCGUUGUUCGGUCGCCCUUCAAUCCUGGACAUAGAAGAUCAUUGGGCUCAGCCACUGUUCCGGACCGAACUUAACAUCCUCAGCCCAUUUUUCGACUAGCUGCCUCGACGGUCGGUUCAAAGUGACGUUGCAGAUGACUGAACCAUUUGGGACCUUUCAAGUACUUAACCAUGGGUGUCCCCCAUCACUAUUGUGUCUUCGUGUUUGAAAAAUGGUUGGUCAGUCGAAGCUUCGGAAUUGUUAUGGAGGUGGAAAACGUAUCGGAGUCACAGCCUAAGACGAAAGGAAGCCGCUAAUAUCACUGUAAGGAAGAUGGAAGAAGUCAUCUCAAGAUAUGGCGUACUCGCACACAGUCUACGUCAUUGCUAUUCCGAGACUUGUGCCAGGAAUGACGAAUCUGGCCUGUGACGUUACCACCUUAUCAUCCCCAAUCUAACGACCAGACAGGACGUCUUGUUGAUAUUUUCAAGCGAGCAAUGAGGAAGAUGUGGAACACGGCCAUUAAAAUGAAAUAACUCCGCACGUUCAUUCUUGCCUUCAGAACAAUUCCCAAAGUGGUUUUGGUGGCCAAAGAGCAGCCGAGCGUUUUUUGAGCCAAUAUCCUGAUGUACGACUGUGAUGCCUAAGACCAGACGUCCGAGUUUCCCAACUGCCAAAACGCUACUUUCAAGAAGAGGCGUUUGCCCUUAAUUACAUAUCAGCGACUUCCUUUUACCCUGGGCCGUGACACCACUCGUCCCCAUUACAACUAUUCUUAAAAGACAGUUGUUACAACACACUUGUGACCACAGCCUAUGCACAGCAAGUCAGCAGCGUGCUUGUGCCAACUUUCAUGUCUAUGAGGCAGAACAGUCUGAACUGUAGUGGCAUGCAUUUAACUUGUUGUCUUUGAAUGACACGGCGGGACCACAACUACGUUCAGAAGCGGAGAAUAUGCUGCCCGUAGGUUCUUUGCGGCAAUCUUUUUCACCCUGGCAUUCUGCCGGUAUCUUGGAAGAACCGAGGUAGUUUACGUAACCGGCCUUCCAGAGCCUGUUGUCACACAUGGGCAGAGACGAAGCUGUCACAACUCACAGUUUCAGGUCGAGAUUACUUUGGACAAUGACUGUGUUCAAGGACGAGAUGUGCCUCGUCGGAGGAAUUUCAAGUCAAGUCGAUGUCUUCCGCCUAGUCAUUACUCCGAAAAAAGAGUUUUCACAUCGCAUUAACGUAGAUAGUUAAGAGGACUGAGCGAUCAUGACCUCGUAAUUCUCCACCAUGGACGGCGAGGUGCUCCCGUUUCUUCCAUUUUCAAGGAAAGGGAGCAGACUGCCAUUGCUCCAGUCCUCUAGGACAGUGUGAGUUUAUCACCCUUGCUGAAGUACCUCUAGCCACAUCAAAGUGGUAUCAGGAUGGCUCACCGAUUUGAGAAGAAUGCGGAUAGUUCCCUAUCGGAAUGCAGCAGCCGACUUUUAUUGUUUUGCGGCUUGUAGCAUCUAGUGGGGGACGACUUACUUCUGCUACAUCAGGUUUCUGAAAUGUAGUGACCUUCACCAAAAACACCUUGAAAUGCUAGCGAAGCCUUUCUCCCACGAGUUUGUGUGUACUUCUUGGCUUUGCACUAGGCAACACUCGAGAACCAAGUCUUCUCACCAUCAACCUGCUAAAAUGCGGUUAUUUUGGGCGUCGAUCUUCCCUCUUAAACAUCCCAGCAUGUGUCUUCGGAGUUGGAGCCUGCUGUUGACCCUAAACAGCCUGUUGUUUUCAUCGAACCCAAGAGCCAGUCGUCGUUGGCAUACAGAUUGCCGGUGGCAGACUUUCUGCAGACAUCGUGAGUCGUCAGACCAGUGUUGCCGGUUCGCGCUUUCCAGCUCCUUGUGGCGUUGUUGACAGCGUCGGAGAGGAUAGAACUGCGCGGUGGGUGUGUGGGACACAACCAGCAACCACACCUUUGUUGCCAACUGCGCCCUUUAGCCGUAUUACGAUAAUAAGCAGAGCAGCAGAUUCCCCUAUCAGCAAAUCUGACACAGAGCCUGUCGCAUACACUUCUGCCUUUUCGAUCCAGAUUAGAUGAGCGAGCUGUGAAUGGGUGUCCGGCAAGGAGCACCGUUUCUGGUUUUCUACUGCAUUUUUUACCUUUCGCUCAAUACCAGUUUUACCAAGAUACGUCUUGAGAAAUCACGGAGCUUCUAGCUUGUCCCAGUCAAUUGUUACGGUUGACAGUCCCUGCAUUCACCACCUGAUUUAUCUGUUACUCUUUUUUUCCCUUUCGAGGUCCCCUAUACGCUUGCCCAAGGGGAGGCGGAACGAAUUGGUGUGGAUCACAUUGCCAGGGUUUCCGGAUGCACAAGCAGCAAGGAGACCUCCCUGGUAUGUCUUAUUUUGUCCGUAUAAAUGGUCAUACAUUGUAUACCGUCCAGCAGGCCUACCAGACCCACAGGGGCUCUCAAUUAUGUAUUUACGACUUUUGUUAAGGACCAAUGUUUCGUAUAUCAAUCCCUUAUUUUACAGCAUGUUUUGCGAGUGGUUCUUUUGAGAGGAGAUUUCGUUCUUCACGGGUAACCUGAUAAUGCAAGCUCGGUAAAUUAAACUACAUCGUCUAUUACUUUUAGGUGGUUUAUCAAAUAUUGAUAAUGGUCAACGUUACUGGCUUUUUGAAAUAUCACAAUCUCGAGGGGUACCAUUGGGAUUUGCAAUUGGCUUACGAUUGGUGGACGAACACCUCAUGGUAAAAGUCGAUGAACACACAUAGAAGCUGACCUAAGAAUCACGACAGUGUGUCACGAAUCGACUUCUCUACUCUUCCAGAGCCAAUCAGGACGUUAUUUUGGGUCUGACACAGUUAGUGCGAGCAUGCAUUCUCUUAAAUGGGUACCAGUCAUUGGAGUUGGGAAGCUACGACCACAAACUACUCUGAAAAGCAUCUGGGACGCGGCAUACGCGUGGGAAGUCCUUUGAUGGUCUGGAUUAUACGCAAAUCCUUUGGUCGAGAGAGAGAGAGAGUUGCGCUACGUUUUCCCGUUCACUCUACUAUCAUCUCUGCCUUUCCGAAGGCAACCCCCGAACGAUGCACUGGAGUUUGGUCCUGUCCAACGGAUUUCGACUGCACGAUGAUAGAGCUCCCGCGGUCCCAGUCUGUUUUUCUUUAGCCGAAUGUCAGUUGUCCACCUUAAUCCCCGCUUCCCUGGGUCACACCCCUUAGGCAGAUGUUCUGAAGACUUGCACGGAGGUAAUUACAUCUCACAAGUGUGUGCCUUCCAUGCAGUUUGCCAGCAAGGGAAUGCGUUUCGCAAGAGAUGUGACAUGAGUGGUUUUGUCUUUCUCAGCAGGAACGGUUCUUCAAACUGAACCCCGGAUGCGUGAUAGGGUGGCUAUUUAACUCAAGCAUUUUAAGUCUAAAUAUUGAUAAGAAUUGUUGCAGCGAGUUGCGUAAUGUAGCCAGCUCGAUAAGAAAUAAUGCAGUCACGGAAGACGCGCAAUCCCCGUAGGGUAUGCGUAGCGACGAGCAGUUCAUACAAAAAAUGUUGCCGAUAAAGGCGGGCUGGACUGGGGUGACCAUUUGUGGCUUAUCUGCCAUCGUCAGCCAGCCAUACCCCACCUGUUGGCCAGGAUGACCUGAGAUUUGAACCCAGGUUAGUAAGUCAUCGAGACCUUGAGCUAAACCUUGCCGAUCUGAUUAGAGGCCUGCAAAAGUAUUGUAAAAUUCCACCGAAAUGGUGUACAACGGCCUGUUUUCAUUACUGGUAGAAAUAUGUGCGAUUUUGUUUUUCCUCCGUACUCCCAUUGGGAGGCUUCGCAGGCGGCAGCUUUCUCAAGUCUUCGAGCAGUCGUUAGCUGCUUGAGCUUCUUUUAGGUUCUUCAUUUCGUAGCAAAAACUUCCGGCCAAACUGCUGCCCUGCAAAUUUCCUUUUAAACGAAGAAUUACGACUAGAAGUAAGUCCUCGCCGCUCGCAAUCAGCACCUUUGCAGUCUAGGGAGAUCGUUUCAGCCCUACCUACAGUGUUGCCAGAAAAGUGCGCAAUAUGCUUCUUUUUACUUUCUAGAAACUACAUACUUGGAUCCUGUGAUUUUGAUUACCAAGUAGCGUCGUUUGUGUUUGCUACAUUGUGACUCGUGGAACCUCUGUUUCCACCAGAAUACGUUGUCCAUAGUGAGACCCCUGCGUGGCAUUCCACUUCUUAAUUUUCGACCACAUUGAGUGUGACAGUUCGACCGUCGUCACCAACGAUGCCCACUGUGUGCUCCACAACAGGGCGAGAGCAGGUUGACGAACUGUGUCGAGCCAGGUUUUGAGUUGAUCCCCUCUUCGACGCCGCCAGUGGGAUAACGGUGCUGGGUCGAGGGCAGUAACACUGACCCCCUGAGGUGGACGACGAAGAACAUGCCCAAACCACCUUAGUCGUCUUUCUUGGAUGGCUUGGGUUACCCUUGCUAUGUUGUCGCAGCGGGUGCGGAGUGUCUCAUUAGAGACGAAGUCGGUGUACUUCACUCGAAAAAUGGUCCUCAAACAGUGGUGGUCAAAUACCUCCAGUUUCCGCUCGCUCUCCACGCGCUCAGCCCAGCACUCACAACCAUAAAGAAGGAUAGGCCGGACAGAUGCACAGUACAUGCCAACAAGGCAGACGGCCUUGGUUGCUGGUAGUUAUGGCGGAGUUCAAGAAUGCGCCGCAGUGUGAAUACCGGGUCCGCACAUCCACGUCCAGCACGAAAUCCGGCUUGGUUGGGCCCCGUCCUAGAGUCACGCAUAGCCUGGAAUCGCCUGCAUAGAAGAUCUUCGCAGCAACGUUGAUGAGGCUUAUGCCGCGGUAGUUCUCGAAUCUUGUCUUCUAGGUACUAGGAUGCCUGAGCCCCAGUCAUCAGAAACGACCUCGUCUCCCCGCACCUGUUCAAUUACCUCAUGGAGCCAAGGCGCCAGAGUGUUGGCACAAGACUUGUAGAUUCCAGCGGGUAUACCGUCCUCUCCGGGUGCUUCGUUGUUGCGUAACUUUCGUAUGGCAUCGACGACCUCCAGAAGGGGAGUCGCAUGGUACUGCAUAGGUUGGAGAGGGAAGAAACUCCGCUGCAGAGGACAGGAACGGCGUAGUGAGUUGGGUAUCGACAUUGAGACGGUGCUCGAAGUGCUAACGCCAACGCUCGACUUUGACCGGUUUGUCAGCAAUAAAGCUGCCAUUCACAUCGCGAACUGAGUCACUCGGUGUUUAGGGCUUACCACUAAGUUGGCGGAUAAGUUGAUAGAGUUCUUGAGUGUCACCCACGUUUGAGGCCUGUUUCAUGGAGGUCGCAAUUUUAGCCCACUACUGCUUCCGGUCAUUCCUGGCGGACUUUGCCGUCAUCUCUCGAAGGUGGCAGGAGGAAUCAUCAUUUUGGACCUGGCCCGAGUCGUCUGAGCAGACAACUGCAGGGUUCUUCCGCUGAUCCAGUCAUUGCGGCGUCGUUGGGUAUAUCCAAGGAUUUUCUCAGCUGCCCCAUAGACUGACGUUUUCAGUGACGAUCAUUGGUUACUGCGUUCUCCGUCGGCUCGGGCCGUAAAACAGGACCGAAUUUCUCUGCUCAGGACCUCGACAGUGCUGGUCCGCUAGACUUUUGCGACAUCGAGGCGUCUAGGACAUAGCAUUUUUGGCGUGGAUGGGGUGAACUUUCAAUUGUGUGCGAAUAAGGAGAUGGCCUAACGCAUGGGCGUUACCAAUCGCAGCACUACGCAUCGAUCUGCUAUCGUGAACGCAGCUUCGAAACCUUGAGCUGACUAGUAUGUUGUCAGUCUGACUGGCCGUAUGAACGUCGUUUGAAUACCAGGUCAGCAGAUGUUUGCUGCGAUGCUGGAAACACGUGUUGGUGACAAUCAGUCGGUGCAGACCAGCGAAGUUCAUCAAUCUUUCGCCAUUUUCACAUUGGGAGCCAAGCAUAAAGCGGCCAAGAAGAUGACUGUUUGUAGUCGCCAGGUCCAGUCCGACCAUUCCAAUCCCCUUCGACGAUCAGCAGAUCACGGCGACGGAGUCGUUGAACUACCGCUUGCAACGGCGAGUAAAACGCCUCUUUAUCGCGCUGUUUAGCAGCUGAAGUUGGUGCGUUCACAGAGACGGUGGAGAUGUUCGUGAAGUGACCUUUCAGUCGCACGUAGGCCAUCCGGUCAUUGACUGGUGUCCAAACAAGUAACGCGAGGCCCGCUUAUUUGCGAGAGGGCAAUCGCUACACCGUGUCUACCAGAAGAGUCACGCGGGCCGAUGUGGUACAGGGUGAAAUGUGAUUCGGCUCCAGGGAUCUUUAUUUUUCGAGAGCCUGUGUCAGGAAGUCGAACUUCGGACAGACAGCAGACAUCCACGUUGUACUGAUUAAGGCUGCGCGCGGUCAGAUUUUGGGUACCGGGGUCCAGGAACGUUCACAUAUUCCAGCAUCAAAUACGAAGAGUCCGUCCCCGAUUGAGUAGUUCAGCUCGCAUACUAUUCGCCCGCAUUACUGACCACGGUUGUGGAGCGUGUCGGUUCUUGCGGACGCCGUAGCAUAGGUCGUAAUACUGUAGUCGGACAUAUUUCAUGAGGUUUCUUGGGAAUUUCGAAUACGGGCGGGUCCCCAACAGCCGCUCGGAUUGUUUGUUCGAGGUUGUCUCCUCUAGCACUUUGGCUUAAAAGCCUAACCACAAGGCAGCGGUGGCAAGUAAACUUAUUUAAUGGCGGUUCACGGUCGCCAUGUCACAGUGCUGUCAUCGGGCUUUACGGUUUUUUAUGAGGCUUUCAACGUGCCAAACCUCAGCCGGCCGCACUCUGGUAGCACUGUCGCUGCUAGUCCGCGACUGCAUUUUCGUCAGACCUGGGCCUGCUGAUUUCGUAGCUAACCGCUGAAGGCCGUUCCACUAUCCGCCACCUGUGGACACGGCGGGUAGCCAGCAGGUGGGCUAACGGGCAACCUGUCUUCACAGCAGGGGUGGUGACUUGCGCGUGAAUUAGUUUAUAGUGGGAGUAAACCUGCGUACCAUCUACCGCACUCUUUUUUCAUCGCCCACCUGGACCUGGUGUCAUGACAGCCAAGAAAACAGGGACGAGGGAGGACGCAGGUGAAUGGCAUGACGUAAAAUCGCAUCUAGGCGUACCACCACACCCCCCUGGUCCACAAUAAACACAGAACAGGAUCUUAUAUUACUACGAAAUUAGGAGGACAGCACAGAUCCCAGUUGGUGCGGCGUGAGCCGGCAACUGGGCCAGCCGCCAUACCCCAAAUGUUGGUAUUUGUUAUGAGUGCACAUUCCUGAUAACGCUUGCGGGAGUCCCACCUAGCCCCUGCGUUAGUCCAGCACUUCUACCGCGUGGCCUGUUUUUGGAGCAAUUUAUUGGGUAUAAAUAAUUGCUCUCAAGGUCACAUUGUCAUUUAUUUCCUGCAAAGCCGUCGAAAUGAAAGAAUAUACCGUCCUUACUUCCGAAAAUAAAUUCCACAGGACAAGCAACACCAAGCCUAUUCCUCUUGUCUGAUACGCUGAUUGCAAUGUGUGUCGAAAGGUUUCCUAACAACCUCAUUUAUUCGACGACAUCAAUAGCUGAUUUAUUUCAGGGGAGACCCAUGUGCGAUGGUUGAUUUCUUGAUUACUUUGGAUGACGCGACCCUUUCAACGCUAAGAAAUGUGCUAAAGUCGGUACAGAUGGGCAAACAUUAGAAAUCAUAUUUAUCUUGGCAAUUCAGAAGGGGCUUGGAGGAACGCUGCCGAGCACUUCACCGAGUCGAACUUAUGGGAAUCUUUGUGAAGCACACUUAGAUUUUAGAAAUCAAAGUUGGUCUUCCACGGGGAUGUCGGCCUCAGUUUUCGUUACGUCUCUUUGAGGCCUUACUAACUAGUGUAUUUCAAUGAUUCCCAUCCAUGUUUUUUUGCGUUUAUAGGCGUUAGUUGACUUCGCCAUACGUUGGCUGUUAACGGCUGCGAUUGCAGCUCUACUUUCCGUUUAACACGAAGUGACUUCCUUGAACCCGCCUGCUGAUUACUUUAGAAGGCAUCAUUGACCUUGAAAAAUGCAUUACAAGGGGCGACUUCGUGCACUGAACUUCGUUACUCUCCAACUUUCACUACCCUUCCGACAAUAAAGCCCAGUUCUUAUCCCUCCUUCCAGACUGCCGAGUACUUGAUGAGUAACGUCCAGGCCGUGCAGAUGUUGUCCCGUCGGCUGCACCUACUGAAGGCCUAUGUUGCAAGCGUGAUUAAAGGUGAACUGCCGCCGAACUGGCCCCGGCUCCGUGAAAUCUCCGCCCUCCUUCGGCGCUUGCCCCUGGUCCUCAGCAGCCUGCAGCAGCAGCAGCAGCAUCAGCCAGACGCACUGUCACCGAACGAGUCGGUAGGUGCGGGCAGCUCUACGGACAAGUUCUUGUGUCAAGCCAACGACGUCUGCCUAACUGCCCUUCUGGGCAGCCUGACUCAGUCCAUGCAAACGCUCUACACCUGGCUUUCCCAGUCGACCCAAGCCGCUUCGCGACGCUCGGAUGGCGGUCCCUACGCAUCUUCUAGGGGUCUGAGUGCUGAUCGCAUGAAUAUGGGAUGCGCCGCCGGUGGUGCCGGUGAACUGGUUUAUAUUCUCGCGGCGGGCGAGGACAAUGUUUGA